GAUCGGCGGCUCAUAAGGAAGCGGUUGCCAACAUCUCCAUCAUGUCCAUCGCAUUUUCCCGGCUCCCGACUACAUCUACUAGCAUCAUGAACCCCCUUGCUACCACGCUCUUGUCACAGUCCCCCUCAAGCACAGGCCAAAGAUCCAACGUAGUCGGGGAAGACGAGGAACCAAGGAAGAAGCCGAAGAAGGUAAACAGCGAGAUAAGAAAGCAGCAGAACAGAAUAGCUUCACGAAACUAUAGGGAGAAGCGCAAACGAAAGCUACAAUACCUCCAACAGUUGAUCAAAGACGACUCGGACGGUCAGCAAGAAACAGAGCUCUCACCUGAGCCACGCAAAGUUUACGCGCGCUCGAUCUCAGCGGACUACGAGUUCGCGGGACCAAGUUCGUCACCUUAUCCUACACCGUCCGUCAGUGACUUCAGUUCGGUGCACGCAAACAGCACAGUUGCACCGGACCCUAUCUUGGCAACCAAUACCGCUACUUUCAAUACACACAACACCACGGUGGCACCAACGUAUCCUCUCUAUCCCCAAAAUUGGAGUGCGCCCAUUUACCCCCAUCAUACACCAGCAAGCGUUGGCUGGAACAACACACCUACAUGGGCACCAGCACCAGAAUACACUCCACAGCCCGCACCUCGCUCACCAAUGUAUCCAUAUGUUCACCCGCAAGCACAAGCAGUGUUUGAGCGGGCGCAUACGCCUUCACACCAGACCCAGCAAUUCCUGGCCAACACUGCCGCCUAUGAUCACGGCGCUUCCUACGGGCUCCAACACCAGAAGCUCAACAAUCCUAACUAUUUCAUCGGUCAUGAAACCACUUUCUUUGAGCGCUCUGUCUACAUCUGAAGACAGACCCAUCAACUACGCCCAUGGCUUGCUCGACCAGCAGCCUCAGCCAAGCCUAUGCGCAGAAUUCCCCACAUACCGAGAUCAGCGAGUACAGUAAGCAGCAACCAAGACCAAAACCUUGAUGAAUGAAUAGAAAGUUAAGCUUCCGCCAAUCGUUACAUCCAGCUGGAACCUGCCGCACCUACGCCAUCUAACGCCACCAUCUCACUUAUCGCCAGCUGGCUGUCCAGCACACUUCCCACAUAGUUACCUUACUCCUUCCAGGAGGCCUCGUCUCCACGUUGCACUGCCCGCGGUAGCCCGCAUAGCUUACGCCAAGCAAGGAUUGUCACGUUCGACCACCGCAUCACGGCUAUCCGCCGUGUCAAGGUUCUUCGCUUACGUAGGGAGAAAGAGGGGCCACGCGGUCUGUCUAACUUUGCCCAUAUGCUCAGAUUGGAACCAAGACUUUUACUGGACCACAAGCCGUCCCGAACCACACGAUAUAGAGUUUCGGCAUUUCGGCACGCGACGUCGUGUUCGGUUUCCUUCUACUACCGAUGAGAGCGUUUUACGUACGUACGCUACGGAGCUGGAUGGAUGCGGUGCUGCGCUGCGCUGGGCAACUCUGAUUUGGUUCUGACGUCAGCUGACUCUGGACUUUCCCCCCACCGACGGCGGUGGUGCUCCCUCUUUCUGCAUUGGGGGGGUCUAUGAUGUAUUUCAUCCAUCCUUUCAUCCACCUGCAAACUCUCGAGCUCGAGCCGAGCGGAUUGUUGUGGCAUGUAACCGUACCCGUUUCUGUUACAUUGCUGCUGCUGCCUGCUCCACCGGCGUCUUUUUCGGUGUAUAUUUCAGUCAGUCAGCCAGCCAGCUCUCCUCGAUGCUAGGCGCACUUCCUCUAGUCAACAUCUUGAGCUACGCAAGGCAGGCAACACUGCCGCUCAAACUACAGUCGCUUGCGCAUCAAGACUCCACGCGACUAUUGCUAACGGCUGCGCUCAGCCACGCGGAAUCGAGACCGUUGCGUAGACCCACCCUUCCAAGCUUCUCAAACUUGGCCGUUUAAAACGUUUCGCUGUUCGCCGUUUAACAUUCCCCAAUCUUCAUGGCGCUAAACCCGAUGUCUGUUUCAGCUGAGAAAGUGGGUCCGUAGACUAUCGCUCUUGGGUUCUUGGAUUCUUGGAUGGACGUGUCCAAGUAUCGCAGAGUUUUUUUUCUUCUUUUCAGCUGAGGCUGGUGGGCGGGAUGUAUACGGGUUACGGGAUAGAUAAACGGCGUGGCGUGAUCGUUAGGGCGCCCGCACUAUGCUGGCUAGGGGUGCUGUUUAUCUAGGGAGGAGCGAAUAAGCGAGUUUGCUAUAGGGUUGUCUUGGUAUAACAGUUACGUUGAGCAGAUAGGGUUAGUAGAGCUGAGGAUUUAAACUUGGGGUUUUCGGAUGAGUGGGUAGAUGGGAGGGAAGAGAGGAAUAAAGAAGCGGAUUGAGUAUGCGCUCAGCUUAAGCGCGAAUAUAGAUAGUAUGGAUAAGAGUGCGUAGCUAGCAGUCCGAGAUACUUUUUUCGCUGUAAACAGUAGAGCUCAGCUCUUGUUUUCCUUUGCCUUCUUAAUGUAGACUGUGUACGUUAAAUAAAGACACUAUUAGCACGGCGACGACGUUGUAAUCUCCACAUUCAUAAACGAUACGAGAGUAAGUAACAACGCAUCUUAACCAAUAAAAAAAACGUUCAGCUCUACACUAAGCUGUACUUCC